AUGCCUGCUCCCGAUGCAGAUGGCUUGUCUCCAAGGGAAUCCGGGCCACUCCCUAUAAUGCCCGAUGGUAGGCCUCUAUGGCGUGAUGGGACUUUGGUCUUCCAAGUUAGGUCUGAGAUUCGUCCAGUGCAAUUUGCAAGAGAUCCGGGGGAUGAUCGUCCUGGGGUCAGUCUCAGUUUGCUCUUUGAUGUUGGUGCGUAUAGUCGUGAACUUUGGAACCGAGUAGAAUGGAGUGUAGCUGAGCUGGUUGCACUUGAUCCCAAUCAGAUGCUGCAGGUCAUUCCGCCAGUGAUUGAAAAUCCCACAAAGCUUUGGUCAGUUCGCAAUCAGGUCCUUUCUGCACGUGAUCGCUUGUCAAUUUUAGAAAAUCAACUUGGGGUGAUGGCAGAUGAUGAAAUUCUGUUCCACCUGGAACAGCUGGAUGCAGAAUGCUUGAGUGGGGAUGAAUUUCCGCCAAAGAGGAUUGGUCUUAUUGAACCAAUUGUUGCGGCAGCUUGGCUUGAUCCCAACUCGUUUGACUGCACGGACUGGGCGGCUACGCAUCCUGAGAUCCGAGCGGAAGGAAUACAACUGGUUGGCGUAUUGGGCCACUUGGAGGGCUAUGUUGAGAUCUUGGAGGGCUAUAAGGUGUUGAUUCAGGCUAGCAAUGUUGAGCCGGUGGAGUUGGUGCCUGCAGUGUGCACAGACCCUCCUGGAUGGACAUCUGUUCCAUCUAAUCCAGGCCCACCUGUAGGUGCUGUUCGCUGGUAUGGAUCUGCCAUUGUUACCAAGAUCAUGGAUUGGUUCUGGGAUGCGGUAGACAAGGAGCCUGGCCCUGUGGUGUGGGUCUCCAAUGCACAGCUUUACAUUGACUAUGCACUGACCACGGGUGAUGCGGGGCCCAUUCAUGUCCACCGAUUGCAGGACAGUGCUGAUGUUCCUUUGGAUGCGCUGCUCAGCAUUGGGUUCAAAGAGCGGGUCCGAUGGUUUGGCAGGGUGUUGAGGGAGAUCCUGAAGCACGCAGGAAUUACCUGUGAAUCGCGCUACUGUAGGCCAGUGUCACAUAUGAUCUGCAUGCAUGCCAGCUGCACGGGUGUCCCUAUGGCGGAGGACCGGCUGUGUGCCGCAGAUAGAUGGAUGGCGAAAUUCACUCGAGUCCCGUUCCGGCGCCAGUCGCGGGAGCUCGAUCACUUGCCGGUCCGAAAUUUCGACAUCCCAAGGGAUCAACAGACCACUGACGCAGAUUUGAUGCGUUCAGUGCGGGUCGAUCCGCCGGCUAAGGCCGAGAUCGACAUCGCCAAUCCCAGCGGACCAGUGGUACGACCGCUCUUGGCAAGACAACGGGGAUUGGGACAGCCGAGCCCGAUCUACGCAGCCAACGUCCUCUACGGAGACGAGAGGAGAGAUAGCCGAUUCACUCAAGACAGGAAUUGUCGUGGACAUCGAUCCGUUGCAGCGACCCAGCGCCGGAUCGAUCGAGGACAAGAGCGCCGAAGACAGGCAGAGCUAGCAGCCCAACAGGCGCAGGCAGCGACUCAGACAGAGCCGCAACAAGGAGACACCGCUCCUCCCGAGCCAAGUAGACCCCCACGGGUGUCCACUAGCGAGAGGAGAGCGCGGUCAGCCCCGCCCCCAGGCCAAGCAGCCUUAGAGGCGAACGAAGAGGCUGAAGUAAGCCUGGUCCCUCGGAAGGAUCGCAGGCGAAGAGACAAGGCCGAGACAAAGGCCGAACCACAAGAGCCGAUUCUAGAAGAAGAACUGGAAGAGGUUCUAGAGGAGGAGCUACCAGCUUCUUCCUCCGUUCGUGUGCCCACUCCUCCAAGGGUACCGGACGAGCACUACAUCAGUGAAGCCCGGCGCAUUCUGGACCAGCCUCAGCCAGAGGUUCCAGAAGAGAUCGCAGCCGCGGCAGCUGACGCGCCAGCAGAAGAAUCUGGCAACGAGACGGAAGUUGAGUGGGGAGAUUCGCUCUCGAGCUACAGCAGCUACGAGGUGUGCGAGAUCCCUGACCUGGAAACCGCCAGGCGAGAAGCAGAAGCUGUAGCAGCCCAAACCAAGUGGCUGGAGCAGCGUCGUCUCCAAGCACCCCCAUGGUACGCAACGGGAGUUGCGGGGAGCACCGCACGGUCCUCCGCCGACAGCAAAGGCCCAGCAGUUGAGGCCGAGCUGAGCAAGGCAUUGGACUUGUCGUGGACGAAAGGCCCGAAGAAGAACGCGAUGACAGACCCACAACAGGUCAUCGGCGAAAUGCAGCUGAGGAUGGAUGCUCUAGCGAGUCAGAUGCAAGCGCUGAAUAUCGCCCAUCAGAGCCAGCCGCAACAGAACGCCCAGCUGCAGCAGGAAAAGCAAGAGCUGGACCAGCGCCUGACAGGCGUUAUGGCACUAUUGCAGCAAUCCUUGCAGCAGACCGCGAACGUAGGCGUCGCCCAAGGGCAAGUUCCCCCGCUCCAGAGCGCGGGAACACCCGCCGGAAGCAGUAAGCCGGUCAAUCAUAUUGACGUGCUCAAGUCUGUGAAGCAGCCUCAAUCCUUAAAGGAUCGAGACCAAUGGGAACGGUUCAGUUUCCAAGUAGAAACAUACUUGGCUUUGCUGGACGAAAACUUUCCAGCAGACUUGGACAAUGCACGCAAGCUCACCAGUUUUGUAGAUCCAGUCGAUAUGACUGACGAAGCCAAAUCCCGAGGGAGGCAAUUGUUUGCAAUGCUGAACUCGUGGACUCAAGAAUUGGCAGUGGCAAGUAAGAUUGCCCGUGGCAUUCGAGACCAAAAUGGUUUUGAGUUUUGGAGACUGUUGUGGCGUGAAAUGGCCCCAGACAAUCACUCCAAGAGUUUGAUCUGGCGGCGCUCGUUGCUCAGUCCCAAGUUUCCUGCAAAGGAAGCAGAGUUUUCAGCGGCACUCCAAGAGUGGGAAGCUGACCUGGACAAAUAUGAGGCCGAAUAUGGUCCCAGUAAGGCCAUCAGUGACGAAGACAAAAGAGCUGUAGUCCUUACUGAGGCGCCAACUGCCCUGAAGCAACACCUUUCCAUGCACAUUGGAACCCUUUCCACGUAUCAGUCUGUGCGUGAGGUGGUGGUGUCCUAUCUGCAAGCAAAGCAGGUUUGGAGGCCAUCAGCCGCGUAUGCGGAGGCCAUCAGCCGCGUAUGCGGGAGCCGCCGCACGCACAAGAGAUCCAGAUGCCAUGGACAUCAGCCUUGUGGCAAAGGUCAACAGGAGAAGGAUCGUUGCGCCAUAUGCUGGAAAACCGGCCAUACCAUUGAGAAGUGUUGGUUCAACUCAAAAGGCCAACCAAAGGGGAAGGGCAAGAAAGGAGUUGCAGGUAUCACUGAAGACAAUGCGUCAGUGAUCUCUGCAGGGCCAUCUGCAUCUCAAGUUGGUGGUCAAAGUGUAAUCACCCUUCCAUCCACGACCACUUCCAACAAAGGGAAGAACGUUGGAAUGAUCGGGGAACACCGACUUCUCAUGGUCAAGGCCACCAGCAGCGGGCAACACCGCCAUGUUUCACCAAAGGCCAUUUUGGCCAUACCAGAAGGUGGAGAAAUCUCUACUGGCAAUGCCAUUUUGGCAAAGGAAUCUCUUGUAUCCAAGUUGGAAGCAAUUUUUGCCUAUCGAGACCAACCUGGAUGGCACGACCCUGAUCCCAACACCAAGGUGUUUGUGGUGAAAGGCAAGAAUGGUGCCACACGAAAGUAUGCUACACCAGGGUCACAGUAUCCUGGCUACACGUUUAGGUCAACGUGGCAGUGGAAUGAAGAGUCCAACGCCUGGGAUUGCAAGGAGUUCAGAAAGAAAUGGAAGCUCCUGCAUGAGCCACACGAAACGUUUCAAGGCACCAGGGUAUGGGCACUUCAAGUCUUCCAAAGAAGUGACACUGCACGAGUGGCCAAGGUUGCCAGCAGAGGCACACUGCUGGUGGACACAGGAGCCUGCUCUUCAGUCUGUAGACCUGAGGCUUUUCCAAGUGCUCUCUUGGACCCCAACGCCGUUGAGGAACUAUACACGGUGGAUGACACUCCACUGAAGGCGUGCGGGGAAAUCCGCCCUCAGCUCAGGCUUGGAGACAAGCUCAAAGAAGAAGCUCAAGUCACCUUCCAGGUGGUUGAAGGUGUGAACGAAAACAUCCUGUCAGUCAACAGGGCAUUGGACAUUGGAGCCAGUGUCCACUUUGAAAGUGACAACUGCUACAUCCAAUGGGCAGAUGGCAGGAAAGCCACGUUUGCCAGGCAAGGCAAACAGUUUCUCCUUCCGUUUGAAGAGUUGGAGCAACCUACCACCAGACAUGGCAAGGUGGCAGCCAUCGAUGAAGAUGCAAUGGCAGUUGAAGCCUAUGCCAUGCAAGAGGAUGAAGAAGCCGAGGCAGUGCAAGAAUAUGCCAGGCGUGAAGAAGAAGUGAGAAAGGCCAAGGAGCUUCUGGAACAAGACCCCGGUCUCUUGGCAGACCUGGAGGAAGAAGCGGAAACCCCGCCACCUGUGGAGCCAGAGGGGUUGUCACAACCCAUAAGCCCCACUGAGGCGCAGGUGGAAUCCCAUCGCCUUACACACCUACCGUUUCAACCAUGGUGUGAAGAGUGCGUGUCGGGUAAGGCCAAACAAGAUUGGCAUAGGAGGGAUCAAUCCUCAACGCGUGAGGGAACAGGGUUGAUCCAAAUGGAUUAUUUCUUUCUCUCUCCUGAGAAGGAGGAAGAGGUUGAAGAUGAGUCAAGGCUGGUCACAAUCCUGUGUCUGACUGACACGGUGACAGGUUGGCCGCUGGCACUUCAACUUCCCAACAAGUCAACCGAGAUAGCCCAGUCCAGGUACUGUCUGCAAAAUGUGGACCUCUACCUGAAGAACCUUGGGUACAGCAAAGUUAUUCUGGCGCAUGAUGGCGAGCCCUCAAUCAGAGCACUGGCUGAGUCAAUCCAAAGACAUGUUGGAUCCAGCUGA